ACAUCUGCUUACUUAGAUUCCAUGGGUAUUUUAGUAAAAAAGCUAGUCUGUUUUCCUCUAUAACAUGUAUCAUCAUUCAAUAAGUUGAUUUAUGAGCAAAAAGGCCACCUCUUUUCUUGCUUUAGUCCUUUUCUUUUUAUGGUUGGUUUGAAACUUGUUCUAUGCUUUCACUACAUCUUCAACUUCAGACAAAGUUCAAAGAAAACUUGCUGAAAAUAUCAAAGUUCUUCUCUUCUUGAAAAUUUGAAAGCAAAGAUCUUCUCUCAGUUUCAAGAAUCUGAGGCAAUUCUAAGGUGAAAGGUUGGAAUUUUUAGUUUUUAUUGGUUAUAUAAAUGUAAAGAUGAAAUCUUUAAGCAGUGUAGGACUUGUUUUAAGUGUGGUAUUUGGUUGUCUUUUAUUAGCUCUUAUUGCUGAGCUUUACUACUUAUUAUGGUGGAAAAAUAGGAUUGUUAAAACAAGUCUUGAAGAUGGUUAUAGUAGCAAUAAAGCAAAAGACUUCUUUUGUAUGUUUUGUAUUAAGCCCUCAACUUCUUUAAAUUCCAAUAUUGCCUUAAAAUCUCAAGAAAUUUGUGCCAAUGGUACACAACUAGUCCAUGAACCAACAAUCCAAGCUCAAUCCAAUGUAGAGUUAAAUAGUAGUCAGUGGAGAGGUCAACCAGUCGAGGAGGCGACUGAUUUUUGGUUCAAACCCUUUGGAGAUGAUAACAUGGAAAAUGAAUUUAUUGGACUUUGUGGGCCCCCAAGAUUUUUAUUUACUAUCAAAGAGGAAACUAAAGAAGAUUUGGAAUCUGAAGAUGGAAAAUCCAAAGGUGAAAAAAGUAGGAAAGGAUCAAGAACUAGGAGUUUAAGUGAUUUAUGUCUAAAUAUGGAAACUCCUUAUUUAACUCCACUUACUUCACCACCUUAUUUUACUCCUCCAUUAAGUCCUAUGAUGCACAAAAAUGGAUUCAAUCCUUUUCUUGAAUCAAUAAGUGAUGCUGAGUUUAAUAAGUUUAUAAGGUCUAAUUCACCUCCUCCAACAUUUAAAUUCUUGAGAGAUGCUGAAGACAAAUUUUGUAGAAGAUUUGUGGAGGAAAGUGUGCCAUUUCAAGUUGAAAAUCUUGAAGUUUCAAGUUCAAAGUUGGCCAAAGAUGAGGAAAAUGGACCAUUUAUUACACUCAUUUUCCCUAAGAACAGAGAAGUACAACUUGAUCAACAUCAUGUACAACUUGAUCAGCAUCAUGUACAACUCUGUCCUUCAAGCUCUUCACAAGUACUCCCUUUAGUUUGAAGCUGCCAAUCCAACAGGUGAACCAUUUACAAGAGUAAAUUUUGGUCCCCCCCCCCCCCCCCCCCUUUUCCUUUCCGUUUUGGUUGUACUAAAAAGAAAUGACUUAUUUUCUUUGUUUAAUUAGUGUAUGAUUUUAGAGCUUGUUUGCUUACAUCAUCUGACUUUGUGAUUUUAAGGUGAAGUUAAUGAUUAAAGCCUAGUCAUA